AGAUGAUGAGGGCAACAACCUGAGGCAGCAGAAGCUUGACCGGCAGCGGGCCCUGCUGGAACAGAAGCAGAAGAAGAAACGCCAGGAGCCCCUGAUGGUGCAAGCCAAUGCCGAUGGGCGGCCCCGGAGCCGGCGGGCCCGGCAGUCAGAGGAGCAGGCCCCUCUGGUGGAGUCCUACCUCAGCAGCAGUGGCAGCACCAGCUACCAAGUUCAGGAGGCCGACUCGCUUGCCAGUGUGCAGCUGGGAGCCGCCCACCCAACAGCACCAGCCUCAGCCAAGAGAACCAAGGCAGCGGCCGCGUCAGGGGGCCAGGGCAGGGCCUCGAGGAAAGAGAAGAAGGGAAAACACAAAGGCACCAGCGAGCCAGCAGUACUGGCAGAAGACAAGUCUGAGGCCCAAGGCUCAGUGCAGAUCCUGACUGUGGGCCAGUCGGACCAUGCCCAGGACACGGGGGCGACAGCAGCCGGCGGGGGCGCACAGCCCAGCGGGCAGGACCUCCGUGCCGCGAUGCAGAGGAAGGGCAUCUCCAGCAGCAUGAGCUUUGACGAGGAAGAGGAGGAUGAGGAUGAGAACAGCUCCAGCUCCUCCCAGCUGAACAGCAACACACGGCCCAGCUCUGCCACGAGCAGGAAGUCCAUCAGGGAGGCAGCCUCAGCCCCCACCCCAACAGCGCCAGAGCCACCAGUGGAUGUUGAGGUCCAGGAUCUUGAGGAAUUUGCACUCAGGCCAGCCCCCCAGGGUAUCACCAUCAAAUGCCGAAUCACACGGGACAAGAAGGGGAUGGACCGGGGCAUGUACCCCACCUACUUCCUGCACCUGGACCGUGAGGAUGGGAAGAAGGUGUUCCUCCUGGCGGGCAGGAAGAGAAAGAAGAGUAAAACCUCCAAUUACCUCAUCUCUGUGGACCCAACAGACCUCUCACGAGGCGGGGACAGCUACAUUGGGAAGCUGAGGUCCAACUUGAUGGGCACCAAGUUCACCGUUUAUGACAAUGGAGUCAACCCGCAGAAGGCAUCGUCCUCUACUUUGGAAAGUGGAACUUUGCGUCAGGAGCUGGCAGCUGUGUGCUAUGAGACAAAUGUCUUAGGCUUCAAGGGGCCUCGGAAGAUGAGUGUGAUUGUCCCUGGCAUGAACAUGGUUCAUGAGAGAGUCUCCAUCCGUCCCCGAAACGAACAUGAGACAUUGCUAGCCCGGUGGCAGAAUAAGAACACGGAGAGUAUCAUCGAGCUUCAAAACAAGACCCCUGUCUGGAAUGACGACACGCAGUCCUACGUACUGAACUUCCACGGGCGCGUCACGCAGGCCUCUGUGAAGAACUUCCAGAUCAUCCAUGGCAAUGACCCGGACUACAUCGUCAUGCAGUUCGGCCGGGUAGCAGAGGAUGUGUUCACCAUGGAUUACAACUACCCACUGUGUGCACUGCAGGCCUUUGCCAUUGCUCUGUCCAGCUUCGACAGCAAGUUGGCCUGUGAAUAGAGGCCUCCUCCUGCCCAUCGGGGUCGCCCAGCCUGGAGUGGAGCUUGCCUGCCUGCCUGCUGGGGAGACAACCCUGCCGACCCUCUGUUCGUAGGCCUUCUGCUAGAUGAAGCUUUGGCCUUCAGCAGGCUCGCUGGCCUAGCCAGCCAGGAACUGACUCCUCUGCCUCUGAUGCCAGGGCAAGGCACUAGUGGGUGGGUGUGAAGGAACAAGAGUAAUUCCUGUGCCCCAAGACCAACAUACACCCCACUCUUGGA